AUGGUUCAGAUGAACUCCAAAUCCAGCCCUGAUUUCAAGUCAUCACACGCAGUAGGUUCUGGAUUUAUUUGCGGCGACUGCGGAAGAACCUACAAGCUGAAGAGCUCACUGAGGAACCACAGAAAGUGGGAGUGUGGGAAAGAACCUCAGUUCAAGUGCUCCCAUUGCAGCUACAAGGCCAAACAGAAGAUGCAUAUGCUCAGACAUAUGGAGCGGAUGCAUAAGGACGUCGAAAUGCCGAAUUACGGAGAUAAUUCUGGGAUUCCAGAAGACCUUGAGAAGGAGUUGAGCAGCAGGGGUAUCACUUAUACCACUAGCAAAGCGAUGCAUGGAAGUGAGGUUGAGAAUGUCUUGAAAUCCAGUUCUAAUGGUUCCGUAGCUGUUAAGGGUACAAGGAAGAGCGGUAUUUAA